AUGAGUCAGGGCAUGGGUUACGUUAAGAGCAGUCGUCGCAUUCGAGAAAUUACUGCUCGUGUUAGUGAACGGCGCGGUUAUAUUCCUCAGCACCCCCCCGUGGAACGAUACCGGGCUCCCGUCGAAUCACAUUGGAGUCUCGUCGGCGAAAAUGACUUCCUUUGUCUUUGUGUUUUCCUUUAUGUGGAUGGCGAUGUGGAUGGCGAUGUGGACGUGGACGUGGAUUUAGAUGUAGACACUUCGGGGGUUGUGGAUGGAGACGUCUUUGGUGGUUCAGAUGGAGACGUCUUUGGUGGUUCGGACGGAGACGAGUGUGGAGGUGUGGUCGAGGGUACUGUUGUCAAGGUGCUAGGGCUAGAGCCUGGGUUUGAGCUUGGAGGACUAGGUGUGGAAGCUGUGGAAGUUGACCCGGUUGUACGGGUGCUGGGGAUGAAGGGAGUCGAACUCUUGGAAGUACUUUGCGAUCCUGGGUUGGUUGUGCUUGCACUUGCACUUGCACUUCCACUGCCACUGCCUGUUGCACUGCUGGAAGGAUUGCUCGAUCCUCCUCCACCUGAUGAGCCUCCAGAGGUUGAGGGUCCUCCUCCACUACCACCUCCAGGACUGCUGCUUCCUCCUCCAGCACCACCUCCACCCGCUCCACCUCCACCUGGAUGUCCACCUCCUCCUGGGUUUCCACCACCUCCUCCUUCUCCUGGGUUUCUACCGCCUCCAGGUGAGCCUCCUCCUCCUCCUCCUCCUCCUCCGGAUGAACCACCCCCGGCACCACCGCCAGAUGUUGGACAGCUAUUUACUGUCACUGUCACUGUAGAUACAGACGCAGUUGCAGUCGGACAGAAUGGGGCACAGAAAGAAGAGAUCGGGCAGUUAGAUUCACCAGAGCUACCACCGCCAGGAGAUGUGCCUCCACCAGGGCUCGUUCCUCCACCAGGGCUAGUUCCUCCUCCAGGUGAUGUGCCACCGCCAGGGCUUGUACCUCCCCCUGGGGACGGACCACCGCCAGGAGAGGUACUGCCGCCUGGUGCACCAGUAGACCCGGUUGAACUUGAACAGGGAUUUCCGGUCUCUUCAGUAGGGGGGGAUUCAGUAGCGGAAGCAAUGGCUGAACUCAAGGCGCUCGUGUGA